AUGCGGUUCCACUGGCUGACUGGCACCAGCGGGCUCACCUGCGUGGUGCCAGUUCAGAGUGGUGGGGAGGGGCUUGGAGUUCCACCUCUGCCUGAGUACAAGGUGCAAACAGCUACCAUCCUAUGGGAUGCAUACUCAGGCCUGUUAAGUCAUCAGGCCAUGAUCUUGGCCCUGAACUCCAGCUUUGUGGAUCCCUUACUGCAAUUUGAAUCUCAACUGAAGAUAAUAGAGUCAUCCUUUAAUAUGGUAGUUUCUAUACCAAGUCUUGACAAAGUGAAAAAACUGGGGGAAAACAGCGAGGAUGUUGCAGAUCUGGAGAAUUUAUACCAAAGUAUUUUAAACAUAUAUGAGGACACCCUUCUGAUCUUAGUGUCUAAAGAUCUCUACAAACUACAGAUCUUAAAGGAAAUGACCGUGUGGAUGAGUGAAGAUGAAUCAUACGUACAAGAGAGAAUAAUGGUGAUCAUCAGCAGAGUGUUAAGCUUUGCAUCCAGGAGAGUGAGGGGUUAUACAAGUGUCGAUGCUCCCUGUUUGGGUGGUCUGGCAGCAGAAAUGUCUCUUUUGUGUUCCCAUGCUGAUUCCUCAAUCACACAACAAGCAUCCUUGGGAAUGUAUCACCUCCUUUGCAUUGCAAAAAUUCAGAAUGAAUUUGAAAAAGAUAAACCUACAAAGUAUACUAAGCAUGAGAGUCACUACCUCCUGACUUCUUCCUCUGAUAGAGAAUGCCUACACAAGAUCUUCCAAAGAGACAAAACUAAAAUUGCUCAGAAUGUAGGACAAACUCUACUGCCUUCCUUGCUGACUGACUUUGUGUGGAAUCUCCUGAUGAAACUUUCUGCACCUGAUCAUAAAAUUUCAUCUGAGGCAGCAUCCAUCCUGCAAUUGACUCUGGAAUAUCAUGCCCAGAAGGUCACUAUGGUGUCUAAGAUUGUGGAUGCUAUUCAUAAGCAGCUAAGUGAAAAUUCCUCUCACAUUAGGAAGGAUGCUAUGUUGCAGGUCAUCACCUUGUUGACACGCGCUUCACCCAAGAAGGUCAUCUUUCAACUUAUGGACUACCCAGUCCCAGCAGACAACACUCUGAUUCUGAUGUGGCAGGCGGCAGGAUCUGAGUCAAGCGUGGCCCCUCAUGUGCUGAAGACAAUCCUGUUGAUACUGAAAGCAAAGCCUGGAGAAAUGCAGGAGACCCUAGAACAAAGGAAGCGUUUCUCUCUGGAUACUACCAACAUGAUGCCUGUGGCGGCAUCUCAGGCCCUGUGCACGUUGCUGCCAGUUGGUUCUUACAAGAAAGCUGUGGCCCAGUUAUUCCCCCAGCUAUUGAUGGCCCUCAUGCUCCAAAUCUUCUACAGUUGUGAACUGAGACUGACAGCACAGGACAAGCACUUCUAUGCACGAGAUGCCCUAAGACAUCUGCUGAAUUGCUCUGGACUGCAACAGGUGGAUAUUGCUCUAGAGAGAAAGAAUUGCUGGAACCAGUUUUCCCAAACGCUGCAUCACCAUCAUGGGGUCUACCUCGUUGCUAAAGCUCUCAGUGACUAUAACUUUCCACAGUUUCCAGAGACUUUGCAUUAUCUCUACAAGCUCUCGGUGGAAGGUCCUAGAAUGUCAGAGGACAGUGUCAUCACGGUUAUAUUCCUCACUGAACUUCUGAAUAACUUCUUCAAGGACCCAUUCCCAGAAGAGUUUUUGGUCCUCUUCAGAAACUGGGUCAAUGAUUCCAAUCCUACAGUUAGCAAACUGAGCCUUCAGAAAAUUGCCAGCAUGGCCCCAGUUGUCAAUGAGGUAAAAAAUGUCUGCAACUUGUUAAUAUCCAUCCUGGAUGCCUUCCUUUCCAAAGACAACACUGUUGUAAUUCGGGCUUUGAUCACGCUCCGAAAACUGUUAGUCAAACUGGGCAAGGUGACCUACUCCUCUUUGUGUACCAGAAUUGCUGCCAGCUACUGUCUUCUGAUGGAUCAUAGAUAUGGAGGCAUUCGGAGUAUGGCCAUUCGACACUUUGGUGAAUUACUUAAGGACAUGAGUCAGUACACAUGGAUGCUGAACAAUGUGGUCCUAGGAGGCUUGGUGCCCCUGAUCCUGUUCUUGGAGGAUAAAGAGAUAAGAGUAGUUAAAGCAUGUAAAUAUACAUUAGAAAUCUGUGCUUCACAAUUAAAUUGGUCAAUAUCAUCUUUGCUCAAAGAUGAAAAUUACAACUUUGAGCUGCUAGUGCUCAACAUCUGUAGAAAUCUUCUUAUUUCUCAUGGGAACUACCUUACAGAAAUAAUAUCUGAUACUUUAGGAUUCCUGUGGAGUUCCCGAGCAUAUCUGAGGAGAGCGUCAACUAUUUUAAUAGGGUACUUGGCAAAAUCAGGUUGCCAUUUACUACUCAGAGACGAAAUUGAAGUCAUGCUUGAGGCUAUUCAGCGAGUGCUCCAGGAUGAGGACCCUGUGAUCAAGGGGUUGGCAGAAAUAACCCGCAACAUUUUUAUGGAUAUAGUCAAUACAAUGACCUCCUCAACUGUUAAACAAACCUUCCGAAGAUGGUUUAAGCUCAUCUACAUCAAAAAACUGAAGCCUCUUUAUCAGUAUAACUGGCUCAGUGACCAGACAGGCAGUCCUAUGGAGAUUGAAAAUAUCAAGGGUGAUAAGGAAGGCCUUAUAAAAAAGAAUGAUGAAGACCUUUUGGUAAAGAAUAAGAGGCUGAACGAUACCUUGGAGCAGACCUCGGAAAAGGAAUGA